GUUUGUCCCUUCAUUUUGGCGUUUUCUCGCGUGUUCGGUCCGAUCAAUCAUCGCGGAAGGAUUGGCCACCGGCCAUCUAUACUGCCGUCGACUGCUUCUCUGCAUGCCAUCCAACGGACGGUCCAGUGUCGCGCGCUACAUGGCUCUUCUCAGUGGAAUACGCUAGCAAAAGUCCCUCUUGUCAGAGGAUGCGCGACUUCUGCUCCGAUUUUUCCCAGGUGAUGGGCUGAACAUCUCGAGGCCUUGGAAUGUACCAAAACUUCUCGCCGUUUCUGCACCGUAGUUGUGCGAGACUGCUUCGCGAAUCAGAAUACCUUGCGGACACACCUCAUCAGAAUUGGCCGCCGCAGCAACUGGCACAACGAACGCAACCGAACCUCUGUCAGAGAAGCCAUGCUUGACCCACCGAUGUGCUGCUAUGCGCAGUUCUGCUGGCACGGUUGCUCUCGGAGAGCGAGGGAACGGAGGCAUCUGCGGCUGAUCCUGGUCUGCCCUGGUCGAGUGGUGCGCUCUGGACUACUCUCAGACUGGUAUAAAAUCACGCAAGGCUCCCAUCGACGCCCCAAUUCCACUUCUCUUCCCACCUGAUUUUCCCUUCUCCCCUUCUUCAAAUUCGUCUGGACGAUGUCUUUUAGCUGUUCCUCUUCCAUCACUCAUCUCGGCGGGCCCGAGAAUGACCAUGAAGCCGAUGAUGCUACCCUCCACUCGAGUUCCAACCUUCCCGGAUCGCUGGCCAAGUUUAAGCCUCAGCCACCGCCUCUGUUCUCGCAGGAAACUGGACUGAGCGACUUGAAAACUGCCCCGCCCGACGAAUGGCUCUCGGAUCCUCGUAAUCCGCGCAACUGGUCGAAUGGCAGGAAAUGGAGCAUCGUAUCUAUUGUUUCUUUCUACAUGUUCGUGUCCCCACUUUCGAGCUCUAUUAUGUCCCCGGGACUUUCCGAAAUCGCCGCUAAAUUCAACAUCGACAACGAGACCAUCCUCGCGAUGACGCUUUCGAUUUUUUUGCUUUCUUUCGGGAUUGGACCUUUGUUUUUGGCUCCGUUGUCGGAAAUGUACGGAAGGCGAGUUUUUUUUUUCCUUUCGAUCGACUGGCCAAGACUGAUCAACCAUGUUGCCGCAAUUUUCAGGAGAUGGAUUCUUCACGCCGGAAACAUGUUCAGUAUUGUAUUCCAUUUGGGUUGUGCUUUUGCACCGAAUACAGCCACCCUUCUCGUAUUUCGUUUCCUCGCUGGAUUCUCAGGAAGCGCACCAGUCGCUUGCGGAGGAGCUGUUGUCAGCGAUCUUUUCAGCGAGCGAGAACGGGCCUCGGCCAUGGCCUUAUUCAACGUUGGACCCUUGCUUGGACCAGUCGUGGGACCGAUCGCUGGAGGCUUCAUUGCACAAUUAGUCGGAGUCCAAUAUGUGUAUUUCGUCCUGGCAGGUGUCACCGCACUAGCAGGUCUCAUCGGAGUGCCUUUCUUGAAGGAAACCUACGGUCCACUUGUUAAACUCCGGGUGACCCCACACCCCACGGACCCAGAAAAGACCCCUCAGCUCGCGGACGGCGUUCAUAGCCUGCCGAAGAAAAUUAACUUCCUCUGGACAAACUUCAGCCGGCCUCUGCAUCUAUUAACGCACAGCUUCAUUUGCUUUACUCUGAGCUUGUAUAUGGCCUUCAUGUAUGGGUUAGUCUAUGCACCGUUGGCCGACGAAGGUGCACUGAUCAGCCCAUCUUUCCUAUGUGACAGGAUAUACUACCUCUUCUUCGCAACUUUGAAUGCGUUCUUUCGCAAAACAUACGGGUUUUCUAUCGAGACAUGUGGCUUGAUGUACGGUGGUCUGGGUGCAGGUUUCAUGUUGGCUGCAUUCUGCAAUGCCCGAUACUCCAACGUCUUCUACAAAUAUCUAGCUGAUAAGAACGGUGGAGUUGGUGAACCGGAAAUGCGAAUCCCGCCCAUGUUCAUCGGCUCGGUCUUUGUCCCUCUUGGCUUAUUGUGGUAUGGCUGGUCGGCCCAAGCAAAGUUGCAUUGGAUUAUGCCGGUGAUAGGCUCCGGUAUCUUCGGAUACGGGAUGAUGACUACCUUCUUGCCCAUCCAACUCUACCUCGUCGACUCUUUCAAGUACGCCGCCAGCGCGCUUUCUGCUGCAUUUCUGUUCCGGUCUAUGCUCGGCUUUUCUUUUCCUCUGUUUGGUCAUGCCAUGUUCACUAAAAUGGGGUUCGGAUGGGGCAACACACUUUUGGGAGGAAUUGCGAUCCUCUUGGGAUUCCCUUUCCCUGCCUACAUCUACUACCGCGGAGCAGCCCUCCGUGCCACAAGCGGCCUCAACCACUGAAUCAACUCCCUUCGGGAAAUAUGCCACUCUAUGAUAACACCAUGCACAUAUGAGAACAAUCAUGUAUAACUAAAUAGCUUGUAUUUAGCUUUCUACACGAUGCUUUUCAAUAAUUCUCACGUGAUCGUGCACUCCAC